UGCAGCCAUCAAAGGAGGACCAUCCCACACACAUAUGAUCUGUGCUGUCUCCUCCCUCAGCUCUCCUCUCCUCUCCUCUCCUCCUCCCCCCUCCGGCCUCCCUGUGCUCGCCUAAGCUAACUCAAACGGCGAGAGCCCUUCCGCGAAGCCCAGGCCGGUGCUCUGAUUGCUGAGUGAUUGGUCAAUCACUCCGCCGCCUACUCGACUCCAUCCGCUACCGCCUACACUGCUGCAGCGUUGGGCACAGAUCCUCUCUUAGCUUGCUUCUCUCGUCGUCUUCGCCUCGCUGGUCGUCGUUCAUCUCCGAGCUUAUUGACCGAGCUGCUGGCCGGCCGGCUGGCGGCGGCGGCUCAGCGCCGUUGCUGACGGUGUGUUUACAAGGGCGGCUGUUGGGACUUGGAAGCCGCGCGCGUGGAGGGUGCGCUCGUCGGCGAAGCGAAGCCGCGCGUGUUGUUGUCCCCCACCGUUUGCCAUCUAUCUCAGCAGCAGUCGCGGUUGAUAGAGAAGUGCACAGUUAUAGCGUCGUCCCAGAAUCCCUGCGUCAGUCGUUUAAGCUCCCUUGGAUCGAUCGAGACCGGCGGCGCCGAUGGACGCUACCUUCGGCUGGGCCGGCGCCGGCCACCAUGUCGAUGACUACUUCUCGCGCCAGCAGGUUGGAUGCGGCCGGUUCGAGAUGGACGAGGCCUUCCUCGGCGCCUGCUUUGGACAGCUCCAGUGCGACGGGGUCCUCGCCGCCGCCGGCGGUGGCGACACCGGAGCGUGCCAGGUGAGCUCGAAUUGCGGCGCCUUCGAAGGCGCCGCGGGUAUGGACAGUGACCCCCUCGCGUUCUUGGGCGCGGGGACGGGGGACGCGUUCGACGCCGGCCUCCUCGACGCGGCGCUCGCGUUCACCAGGGAGCUCGGCGACGGCGGGGCCGUGUCGAACGGCGCCAUGCUCUCCAGCUACAGCGGCACCACCGGGGGCAACAUCUCCUCCGGGGAGUCGAACAACUACAGCAGCGGCGGCCACGACACCGAGGUGGUAUCGCCGACGUCCAUCAUGUCGCCCACCACCACGGCGCCGCGGCCGUUCACCCACGCGUCGUCCCACCAGCAGGCGCUCCACGCCAAGCGGAAGGUGGCCGACGAGUACCCGGCGACCGGCAACGCGACAACCGCGCCGGCGCCAGCGGCGCUCCCGCGCCCCGGCGUCGCGAAGCGGCGUGCGGCGACGAACAUCAGCUUCGGCCAGGGCGCCCAGCACAGCGCGCGCGACCCCUCCGGCGGCGGCGGGUACGAGCCGGACAUGGAGGCGAUGGCGCAGGUGAAGGAGAUGAUCUACCGCGCGGCCGCCAUGCGGCCCGUCAACCUCGGCCCCGAAGUCGCCGCGGCGGCGUCCGCGGAGAAGCCCCGGCGCAAGAACGUGCGCAUCUCGAGCGACCCGCAGACGGUGGCGGCGCGGCUGCGGCGGGAGCGCGUGAGCGAGCGCCUCCGCGUGCUGCAGAAGCUGGUCCCCGGCGGCAGCAAGAUGGACACGGCGUCCAUGCUGGACGAGGCGGCGAGCUACCUCAAGUUCCUCAAGUCCCAGGUCCAGGCGCUGGAAACCCUAGGCACCAGCAGCAAGAGCACGAGCACGAGCGGCGUGCCAAGCAGGUCACAGCACUACAACUAUUUCGGCAGCAGCAGCAGCAGCAACCCGGGCUUCCUUGGAUUGCCGAGAAGGAGCAGUAACAUCUCUCCAGCUGGGUAUGUAAAUCCUAACGGAUCGACGACGAAUACUGGCAGCAAAUUGUUGUAGCCAGUAACUGUUCGUGUAUGACUGUGCCUGCUGAGUGGAUUAUACACGUAACAAGCAUGAUGCAUGUUGCUGUUUCA